ACAUCGAUUGAUCACUGGAAGCCUGUGCUGUGAUGGAGGGAGGAGGAGGCCGGAGCGGCGUGGUGGUCGACAUAGAUGCCGCCGUCGACGACGACGGCGGGUCCCGGACGCGGCCGUGGGUCCGCGUGGACGCGGAGACGGGCGAAUCCGAGGAGAUGGAGCUCAGCAAGCAGGCUGUGAUGCGGCGUAUGGGCGUGCCGGCGCGCGACCUCCGCGCUCUCGACCCGCUCCUCGGCUACACGGCCAGCAUCCUCGCCCGCGGCUACGCCAUCGUCUGCAACCUCGAGCAGAUACGGUGCAUCAUCAGCUCAGAAGAGGCGCUCGUCAUGCGAGUCCAAGGAGAUCAGGGCGACGACGACGCGGCGGCAAGGUACGCCGACGAGCUCAAGCGCCGUCUCGCGGCGGGCCGCCAUGCUGCUGCCGGCAUGCCGUUCGAGCUCAUCGCCUUCGGGGUCGCGCUCGAAUGCAUCAGCUCCGUCUUCAAGUCAGAGACUGCGGAUAUAGAGAUUGAAGCGUAUCCAGCGUUGGACGAGUUAGCAAAAAAAGUCAGCACCCUUAACUUGGAACGUGCUCGGCGCCUAAAGAGCAGGCUGGCGGCAUUAACUAAGAGAGUCCAAAGGAUAAGGGACGAGAUAGAGCAAUUGAUGGACGACGAUGAUGAUAUGGCCGAUUGUUACCUCACAAACAAGAUGAGGAUGGAUGGUAGUAUUUUGGGGUUAAACGAGGGCCUUGAGAGAACUGGAAAUAAUAAUGGGUUAUUUGGUCGAUCCUCCUCUGCUCCACUUACAACAACGGUCUUCCCUAAAAAAAAGGACGUCCUCCGAAACCAGUUGCUGAAAUUUGAGCUGCUACUGGGCAGUGCUGGGUUUGUGGUUGGCAUGUUCGGAGUUGUCCCAGGAGUUUUCGGCAUGGACUUUGAGGGGGUGACCCUGUAUAAGGUGCCGCAUGCGUUCGAAGAGACUAUUGGCAUAACAGGGGCCUGUAGCCUACUCAUGUUCGGGUGCUUCAUGUGGUAUUUAAAGAGGAGAUUGUUUUUCUAGAUGCUCACAAGAAAAAAGCUUCGUCUCUUGCAAGAUGGAUCACCUAGACUUCUGUAGUUUUAGAGGAUUGUAUUAUUACAAGGAAGACGAAUUAUAUGCUUCUGACAUUUCAUGGAAUGUUGCUUUGUAGGACCAUUGAUAAGUAUAUUAAUAUGGGAAAAUAUUUUGGUUGGAAUAAUAAAUUCAGAA